UGCAUGCAGUCAAAAGAUUCCCGACUCGAAGACGGUCCUUGUCGUCGCAAAACAAAAGUUGGGGAGGGAUUUCUGGGAAUUGAAGCCAAAAUUGCCUGCCAUCUUCUCAUCAUCAACCAGCAGCUUUUUUUUUUUUUUUUUUUGGGCUUGCGUCACAGAAACACAGCAUUUUGAUGUGAUCGAGGGUUCAAAUAGAGAAGUUAAGAUCCUCAAACAUGUGGUGAUUGACAGCUCCGGCCGAAGCUGCAGGGAUUCAAUUGGAAGAAGUUGCCGUAGCAGCUACGCCGUCUUCUCCAAAGGAUAAAGGUCGAUUCGUAAGGACUCUCACAUCGCCUCUAGUUGUAUCAUGUGAACCCCGCCAAAGGCUGGCAUUCACUUUUUGCGGGUGAUUGCAACAAAAAAAAAAAAAAAAUAUGCUGUAACAAAACCAAAUCGAUGGAGUGCCUACUGAAUUUUCUUUCUUUAGAUGUUAUGGAGUCGAUCAACUUUAUUCAGGCAAACGACUGCUUAAAUGAUUAGGUGAAGCGUCAGGAGGUAUGCGAUCUCACCUCAACCACUUCCAAAUUACGCCAAGUAUCCGAGGAUCUAGAUCUUCUCCUUUUGCUCACCCAAAGAAAUACUUGCACCCAAUCGCAGAUUCAUACCGCUUAUGAAUCGCCUGAGGAUCGAUUCUCCGGUGAUGCUCCGAUCACGAAUCCGGCGGAGCGCAUGGCCAAUAGAAAAGGAAGAUCCAAUAAAAGGACGACGCGUGGUGACGUCGGAAAGAACCAAUCAAGCGGCGGUCCCUCUCCUCAUCUUCUUCUUUCUCAAUUCUCAGCUUUGUCAGUUGGCCAGCGCAGCGCCCCUCUCUUCAGUACCGCAAUUACUUGCUUGCCCCUAACCCGUAGAAGAAGUUUCCAGUAUAAUCAAAGACAUCUCACCGACUUAGUUUGUUUGUAUCUUACAAUUCGGGCUACAGAUUUAUUAAACAAGCAAGUGUUCUACACAGAUUAACAUGACUUCUGUGGAGAAUCAAAAUUGGCAACUUGGUUUUUUUAACAAACUGUUCACAGAUUGUAACCACCCAAGAAGGAAGACCUUUGGACCUGGACAGCCUUAAUUCAGUUCAAAUAGGAGGAAAUUGUCAGUGGUUGCAACAAAGAUAGCAAUGUCAUCUGAGCAGAUUGUGAAUUUCCACAAAAAAGAUUAUUCUCUUCUUGAGAUGGUGGUAAAGUUGAAGCAUCGAAAUCCGUUAUUUUUUUCCUCCCAAACCAGAACAGUUCACCGCCUUGACCAUAUCAGUAAUUUGAAGGACGUGUGUGGGCUGUUUUGGUUGUUCCAAAGCACUACCAAACAGUGGACCGGGCAGCUACCUUUUCUUUGUUAUACACCACUGGCCCCUGCCUCUCCUUUCUCUGAGUGUCCAUCUACCUGCAACUCCUGCUGGCCCAAUGGAGGUAACCAGGUGUAUGAUCUCAUUCAUUCUCACCUCUCUUCUACUCUUCUUCAUCGCCCACCUCUCUCUGGCGCCAUCAACUGCCAGAAACGACCGUUCAUACAGGAAUUUGGCCGCAAGAGACGGGCUUCCUUCCGCCGUUUUCGCCGAAAUCCGCCCUAAAUUCGCCUACUUCAUAUCUGGAUCCAAGGGCGAUCUGAGGAGGAUACAGCGAACGCUUCUAUCUCUUUACCACCCUUCGAAUUUUUAUCUUCUUCACCUUGACAGGGAGGCUUCUGCUGCAGAAAGAUUCCAGCUCUCGGAAUUCGUCGCCGGGGUCGAGAUCUUUGCCAGGGCCGACAAUGUCCGGAUCGUGGGCAAGCCCAACCUGGUCACUUACAGAGGUCCCACAAUGCUGGCCAACACCUUGCACGGCAUGUCCAUGCUCUUGAGGGUUAGAUCAUGGGAUUGGUUUAUCAAUCUUAGUGCAUCAGAUUAUCCACUUAUCACCCAAGAUGAUCUCAUCUCCGCAUUCGAGGAUAUGCCAAGGAAUCUCAAUUUCAUCGAACACACAAGCAAUCUAGGAUGGAAAGUGAACAAGAGAGUGAAGCCAAUCAUCAUUGAUCCUGGUCUUUAUGAAUUGGAAAAAUCAGAGAUUCUGUGGCUUCCAAAACAGAGGAGCAUGCCCACUGCUUUUAGGCUAUUCACAGGAUCAGCAUGGAUGGUACUCUCAAGAUCAUUUGUAGAAUACUGCUUACUGGGUUGGGAUAAUCUUCCAAGAACACUUCUUAUGUACUACACCAACUUCGUGUCCUCUCCCGAAGGCUACUUUCAGACUCUGAUCUGCAACUCUAAAGAGUUCAAGAAUAGCACUGUCAACCAUGACCUGCAUUACAUAGCAUGGGACAACCCACCAAGGCAGCACCCGCUUUAUCUUGGUGUCAAGGACCACAGGAAACUGAUCUAUAGCCAUGCCCCAUUUGCAAGAAAAUUCAUGGUAGAUGAUCCAGAACUAGAUAAGAUCGACCGUGAGAUGCUUCAUCGACAUAAGGGAAAAUUUACAUAUGGAGGGUGGUGUAACCCAGAUGGUGAGAGGGAGAACCCGUGCUCGACUUUUGUUGCCGGAAAUGGCACCAUGCUGAGGCCAGGACCAGGGUCUAGAAGACUAAAAGCUCUGCUCACAAGGUUAAUCUCAAGGAGAAGUAUUCAAAACAGUCAAUGUAAAUGAAUCGGAGCCAGUAUCCAGGAAACAUAUAUAUGCAUGGCAAAAGCGUCUGCUUUAGCUACUCCCACAAAUUUUAUAAGGGCAGUCCAAUGUUUUGGAGAUCGUUUAUCUCUGAAACUCAUAUUGAUUUUUUGUGAUUCUUCUGACUCCACCACUGCCCUUUUUCCUGGUGCGCAGCAGCUUUAUUAAUUGUCAAUUGCUUCUGAUGGCACUGCCGGGAAUCCAUUCUGAAGUUCCACCUUGAAAGAGUUUGGUGAAGGCAUUGUAAUUAUUUAAUGUACUUUUGGAUGCUACACAAAAAUAAAGACUUGCUGGCAUUAUUCAUAAAUAAAUCUCAUCCUAUUUCAGAUGUUUA